CAACUCUCAAUUUGGUAGUUACUGCAGUCGGAGAAGAGCAAUCUCAAAUUAAGAGAAUCAAUGGUGGAAUUACGCAAGGAAGUGCAUUGGGUUCACUUAUCGUUUGUGAUCAAGAUAAAUCAGCUACCACAAGCUACUUUGGGCGACGUGAUGAACGAUACGACCCUAUCUCGGAAGUUACAGAAAUAGUUCAUGAUGAAGACGGUUGGUUGAUAACGUUGAUUGACAACACUCGACAUAAUAUUGAUAGUAUAUUGGCAUUUACAGAAGAGGAAAUAUUGCAAAUGAAUGGAAAAAAUGUAAGGAAAUGCUCAGUGAUAGACUUUAGGAAAAAGAAGACUACAAUAAUUCCUUCCACAACCAUUGGCAACUGUCCCAUCUCAGGAGUGGGUCACAGAAGCUCUUAG